AUGUCGAGCCCGCAGCCUAGCCAGGCAACGCCGGGUGCUGCAGCAGAAGAUGCACCUCAAGUUGUGGAGCGCCCGGCUGGCAAUUUGAGGAAAAGUGUCUCUGCACCGGCUCUCCAGGAAGGGCCCUUGCAGAGAAGCAGUCGCGGUCGCUGGAAGCCCUUGUUUCGAGAUCCAACUUUCGGUGGAAGCGUUGUCGGCGGAGAGCACAGAAAGGGAAGGCAAAGUUUCAAGCAGACACGCAGCAGCUUUGUGUUUGAGGAUGAGGCGGAGGUCUUGCUUUCAUCCCAUGAUGGUCGACAGAGGACCGGGACUGGCGAGGGCAUCUCCGAUCGGCUACAGGCAGUUUGGAAAAUCGUGGUGCAAAACGAGGAGGAUAAGCCCGACGCCCCUCCCACGCCCUCCUUGCUGGACAUCUUGGCUCCGCCGGAGACGACGCUUCCAAGAAUCGAGACUUCGAGCCGCGGCCUCUGUGAGGGACACGAUGGACACACCAACUUGCUCCAGAAGUUCUGGAACUUGCUCCAGAACCUGGUGCACAAGCAGUCACUAGCAGUCACUAGCAGUCCCUAG